GACUGGGUUUUAUUUUUUAUGUGUUAAACACCGCCCCCCUCUGCCUGUGCGGAGCGCUUGUUUGCGAGUCGGCUCGUCCCGGCGGAGCAGCGGCCUGACGGAGGGAAUGCAGGACGGACAUGGAGCAGAAUGUAAUCCAGUGGUUGGGUUCUCCGUCCUGCCAGCGCGGCAGCUACGCCUUCUACAAGUCGGUGAGCAGCAGGACUCGACCCGACGGGCCCGUCCAGGUGUGGCGGCUGGGGGAGUUCUACCUGAUCCGCUGUGGCCCUCAGGAUCCCAUGUGCAUCGCUGAGGUGACCUUACUGUGGGAGGACCAGACCCGGGCCCACCCGCUGGCCAGCACCAGACUCUACUUCCUGCCUGAGGACACACCGAAGGGCCGGACCCUGGAGCACGGAGAGGAUGAGGUGUUGGCCGUGUCCAGGAAGAUGGUGCUGCGGGUGGAGGACCUGGUGAAGUGGGCGUGUGCCGAGCCGCCCGGUCCGAGCAGCAGCUCCAAGCCGACGCCCCCCUGUGGGACCAACGGCCUCCACAAACCUCCCCCGAGCAGCGAGGGACACGUCGACACGUCCCCGGACGAGAGCAUCGAGCCGCUCAGAGCAAAACCUGAGAACGUCCUGUCGGAGCGUCAGAGCAUCAAGGUGCUCAGCUUCCCACAGUACUGCCGCUUCCGCUCGCUGCAGAGGCGUAUCCAGGACGGAGCGAGGGGCCCGGGGCUGCAGGACCCCCACCUGCUGGCCCUGGGCAGCGUGAGGGCGCUCCCUGGCGUCCGGCUGAUGUACUGCAGGGACACGUUCAGCCACCCGACCAUGGAGGGCAGCGACAGCUUCUCCGUGCAGUUCAGAUGUCCGUCUCUCAGUCUUCGAGGUCGACCUCGUAAGAGGAGAGGUCGCGACGGCAGCGACUCGCCGACCUCCAGCCAAUCAGACUCGUGGCUUGAGAGGAUGAAGGAGAACGUGAUGGGCAGCGUGGAGGUCGGCUGCGAGGGCGACUGGCUGCCUCACCCCGAGGAGCAGCUGUUCCUGGAUCAGCUCUUCUCCUUCAUGGAGCGUCACGGCUCUCCCAUCCACAAGGUCCCGAACCUCGGCUUCAAGAAGAUCGACCUCUUCCUCAUGUACUCUGUGGUCAAACGGCUCGGAGGCUACAAGAAGGUGACGAUCGACAGACUCUGGAAAAUCGUGUAUAACGAGUUGGGAGGAUGCGCCGGCAGCACCAGCGCCGCCACGUGCACCAGGAGACACUAUGAGAGGUUGAUGCUUCCUUAUGAGGAGCAUCUCCGAGUGGGAGGAACUGAGUUUAAAAUCCCAGAAUCGCCCUCUCCUCCGAAACCUCGAGGCAUCAGAGGAAGGAAACCGCUUCAGAGAGGAAGGAAACCAGGACCCAAAGCAAAGGAGAAGAUCUCAACCUCCACUUCUCCUCCUCUUCCGCCAACUGGUCCUCUUCCUCGCCUUCCUCCUCUUGCUCAUACUAACCUGAACCCGAACGGCUCGGUGCUGGUGAAGCGAGGCCGCGGCCGGCCGAAGGGAACACGCAACAAGGCCACGCUGCUGGCUCAGGCCAAGCUGCUGGCGCUGCAGCAACCCAACGCCAACGCCAACGCCAGAGCUGCAGCCGAGACGCUGCUGCUGCAGGCCCCAGGCAGGGAGGGGCCGAGCAUCAGCAGCUCCCACAGGCUGCAGACCUCCUUCCUCCCCAUCAGCAUGCCCCUCACCCCCGACCUCUCCCCCCUGUCGCCCCCCUUCCUCCUCCAGCCCAAACCCAAGGAGCUGAACUCGGACAGAGGAGAGGCCGCGGCUCCCCCCCCCACCGUGCUCCUCGCCACGCUUCCUCGCCACUUUGUGGGAGGGUCGCUGGGCGGCUUCAGCCCCAUCAAGGGGGUGUGUCCUCUGGACAUCUUCAGGAACCGCAUCAGCCUUCAGAGGGCGCCGGAGAGCCCGGCGCUGACGCCUCAGAACCCGGUCCAGCACCAUCCCGCCGUCUUCACCCUGCAGCCCACCAGCGGGAGCCCGGACACGCCCCUUCCCAGCGGGGACACGCCCACGCCGCACACUGGCCACCAGCACCACAACCGCUGCUCGGGCUGUACCGUGGACGACGGGGCCCAGAGGGGGGGCAGCCGGGACGCCAGGAGCCGGCCCCAGCUGCCCCCCCUCCGGGUGCUGCCUCUCAACCUGGACUGCAGCGUUCAGGUCUGUCAGCUGAUGAGGACUCGCCGCCUGGACUCGUCCCAGCUGCAGACCUUCACCCGCCGGCUGUCCGAGGCGCUGUCCCAGGACCUGAGCGCCAAGCCGCCCUGCUCGCCCAUCACCCCCCCCCCCGAGCAGGCGCUGCCCCUCAACCUCAGCAAGCGCUUCCCGGUCAAGAGACCCGGUUCGGAGGGGCCGGACCCGUUCCGAGCGGGAAGCAACGGAGACGCGGACCAGACGCCGUCCAAGAGGCCGAGGGCGAGCUGCACGGAGCCGGCUGAGGACGCCACGCUGGGGGGGGGCUCCGGCUCUGCAGGAGGAGAAGAGACCGACGAGGAGGCCAAGAACCAGGAGGAGCCUGCAGACCUGAGCUCGCCGAGCAGGAUCCGGGCCUUCCUGCUCGGGCUGCCUCCCUUCCAGGUGAAGCUGGAGGAGGAUCUGAACGGGACCAUGUUCGGGAAGUUCCUUCCUCCGGGAUCCAGCAGCGCCCCCCAGUGGACUGAGGCCGAGCCGCUGGAGGGAGGAGUGGUGGUGGUAAAGACAGAAGUGAAGAAGGAGGAGGAGCCGGCGGUCGACCUCGAGAGAAACAACAAGCAGACGUCUGAGCAGGAGGAGACAGGCCACGCCCACUGCUCCCGCCCCGUGGAGCUGAUGAGGGCGGGGCCUUCUAACGCUGACACACACUGUUUCUAGCAUCGCUUGCUCUGUGGAAAUAUCAAACAGGAAACUGGCACACGGGGUCGGGGAUUCUCUUGUUGUUGGAGUCUGGGCGGGCGCUCUCACCGCCGCGGCGUCGGACGCUGACGUGAGAGAAGACGUUUCAGGAGAGCGUCCGGACUCGACUCCUUCGUUUCCCGUUUCCUCUCCGGUGUUUCUCUGGUUUCUUUGAUUGAACUUUGCAGAGGAAAUUCAUGACAAUCACAAAUCAGCUUCUCCUCCUCUGUUCGUUCCGUCUCGUCACGGAGAAAAGAAAAGAGAGAGAGAGAGAGAGCGAGAGAGAGAGAGCGAGAGAGAGACUCUUUAACAAACACUGCCAUAACACGACUCUCCAUGACACUAACUCCACUGUUCAAUGUUAGGGUGAAAUAUUGAAUAAGAUCCAUGAUACUUAAAAUUAAAGUCAAUAUUGCAUAUAUGGGUGAUGCUAUGCAUCAAUACGUCAUAAUGAGCAUCUAGAGUGUACUGUAGUUCGCUAGUUUCAUUUUUAAAUUGUACUCUACUUCUGUAGAGAGAUAGUUAUUUUCUGAUAAAGUGUUGGAACGAGGAGCUUCUUCACGUUAUACCUCCUUCAGUGAAGCGUUUAUAGUCCUGCUCCCUCGUUCCAACGAUAUAAACCUUUCUUACUCACACGUGCCUUAAAACGACCAGCGGGCGACCCGCUCGCCGGCGUGACUCCUCCUCUCCGAGCGAUACCUUGAUGUCUCCGCCCGUCAGCGCGGCUGCACGUCGUCUGAGGAACACCAGCCGGUUCCAAACCAAUCACAUGAGACGCUCCUCAGUAAAAACCUCCAAUUUAAUCUCAAACUCUCCAAUCACAACAUUUUCUGAUCUGAGCUCGAACUCGUCGAGGUUCGAUUCCCGUCGGCGGCGUGUGGACCACCGCGUCCACCGUGGCGUCGGCACAGUCGUCCUCUCACAUCCUUAUCGGCUGCUGUGGAGAUGGCACAUGAAGAUGUAGCCCAACGUUCAGACUACCUCAGGUUCUUCAAGAGGAAGAUGGUUCCACCAGCGUCUGUCAGGGGGCGGAGCCUGGGCUGUCAACACAGUCAGACAUGGCGUUAAAAGAGAAGGGGGGGGGGUUGUUUUUGUUUUCGGUUUGCUGAUGAUCCUGUUAAUGGAAACAACAAACUGUAAAUACAGAUGACAACACGUCUCCACUUCCUCCUGACCGCCACCAGGGGGUGCACAGUCAGAUCUGAACAUGUCAUUUGUUGACGAUAGAAAAACAUUUAGGAAACGUGUGAAUCUGGACUCGUAACGUCCGAUCACGUCGUUUGUAUUAUUACGAUCUUUUUGACGUCUGUCAUCAGUUUCACCGUCGGACUUUCGGGUGAAGGGAAACUACGCUGCUACGCCACGUAUGCUACUUUUUUUAGACUGUACCAUGCUAACGGUUUCCCCCUGUUUCCACUCUUUGUGCUAAGCUAAGCUAAUGCGGCCGAGAUCUGAUUAUUCCAUCUGAUGUUCACGUGAGUUUAUGCAACGUUCAGAUACAGAUUGUUUGUCUAUGUCGGGUGAAACUGAAGAAUCAAACCUGCAGCUUCUCUCCACUUUAAAUCACGCGUUCCUCACGUCAUCAGCUGACCCUCACGUCAUCAGCUGACCCUCACGUCAUCAGCUGACCCUCACGUCAUCAGCUGACCCUCCUUCCUCGCUCGGUGCCAACCCGUCGACCCGCUGAAGGAACGCAAACAUCAAGGUAUCUCUUUACUCGCAGCCUUUCCCUUCCACUCGUCUGUUUUCCCGCCGCAGACGACGGUUCAGAUUUGCACACCUACUGUACCCGUUCGCUUCAUUUGGUAUUUUUACAUAUUUAUAUCUGCCAUGUUUGUUUUUUUGUUUAUUUCCUUCUUGCCAAUGUUUUAUUUGACCCGAGAGCAACUGGUGCUGUUUCUUCUUAGUUCUGUCGCCAUAUUGUUGUUUAUGUUUUUGUUUUGUUGACGAAGCUGCGAAGAGUUUUCACGACAGCGAGUCAAAAAAACUACUCAAACCGCUCUGAGCAGAUUUAUUUUUUGUUUAGAGUUCAAACAUAAUUUUAAAGAAUUUAAUUAAAAAGACGUCGCAACUUGUUGAAAAUAUUUGCCGUUUUUAGUUUUGUUCGUCUGAACGAUGACGUUGAUUAAAACGUAACCAAUUCACCAAAGUAUCAAAACAACCAGGAAAACAAACACUGACGUCUCCGAAGUCCGUUAUCGUCACAAUAAUAAUAAUUUCGUUAGUUUAACACAAGUCACUUUCCGUGGUUACGUUUGAUUUUUCUCUGCAAAUAAAGAUGGACGACGCGUGCAGCCUCGAUCAGAAACAACAUCUUUGAUAAACAAUUAUUUAAUUUGGUCCAUGUCUCAACUGCUAACAUGGAGGAGGUUUAGGACCCAUACUGCAGCCAGCCACCAGGGGGCGAUCCAGAUCCUUUGGCUCCUGUCGAGCUGUCCUGUCGUCCAUCUUUUUUUACGGAAAAUGUGACAAACUCUUAAACUCUUAAACACGUUAACGUUCGAUCAAAGUCUUUGUUUUCUUCGUCCCGUUUCCUCUUCCUGCUUCGUCUGAAAUCGUCUCGUUACAAACCUGCGUGUUUAGAGUCGUUCUGAACGUUCACACCCGAACCGUCGCCAUCUUAACGAGGAGGAGGCGGGACGACGUACCGAGAGUUGAACGAGCGUCGUCUUGUUUUCACUCAGUUCCGACGUUAAGUGUUGAACGUUCUUCAACUUCACAGGAAGUGUGUGAUUCUGUCGGUUGAGCUCUUUUCUCUUUUCACCGUUCCGACCAAUGAGAAUUUAAAGAGCUAGUGACGCAGAUCA